AUGAAGGAGCGCAUCACUUUUGUUCAUCCCCCAGGGGGUGAACUCGACCCGAAAGACUUUGAUGUGCAACCUACUGGACUACUAGGUCCGACCAUUAAUACCAUGCGUGAAGACAGAUUCACCAUUCCCAUAGAUGAGAUUCCUGUCAACUUCGCCUCGGUUUUGCGUCAAUUCCGCUCUCUACAGGUUCGAUGGGCCAGCCCCAAACAGCAAAACACAAUUGCCCCGUUUAGCUCCCGCAUAUCACCAGGGCUCCACGUCUCUUAUAUUCCAGCAGAACAAACAGACCCAGACGCACCCAAAUUGUGUCCUCUGCUGCACGCCUUUGGACCCGUUGAGUGCGAAUCAACAGAGACCUUUACCGAAUUCAAGCACAAGUCAAAGGGGUCUUCAACAGGCCGUUAUCUAUACCAGCAUGUUGAAGCCUUGGACGAUUUUAUGACUCAUUUUUCGGCCAUCUUUUGCACCGAGGUUGAUUCAGAAUGCCAGGCAAGGGUACGAGGACUCGACAGUGCUGCUUCGCUCGAUAUAACGUAUGACGCGACGGACCAAACAGCCAAGUUGACGGCGUUCUGGUCGCUGCGCAGUCAAAGUCUGGUAGCGCUAGCCGCUGACAACCGACGCACCGAAGUUGGCAUUAUGGGCUUGGACGAGCCCCCCAAUAUGAAAUCGCAUGAAUUGGGAGUCUCUGGCACUCUGACCGUUCUCAAAGAACAGACCAAGCCAGGUCCGGUGUUUUUUGCGUUUCCGAGUCGUCAUAGAGCCAGCGAUGCGUCAUUCUCGUCUAGUUUUGCAACGCCCACCGGCCUGCACCCGACCAUGCAGCUCGGCUUUGACUCCAACAAGCCGCCGGCAGCCAACGCCGGCAGCUGCAAAAUGUAUGCAUAUCUGACGCUGCCGAGGACUAUAUUCGCAGACAGGUAUCAGCUGGCCGAUGAUCUGUUUCUAGCAUCGAAAAAUCUGACAGCGGCGCCGUAUACAAGCCUUCCCGUGGACUUGGAAGCCCCGGAGUAUACUACGCCAGUUUGGGGCUCUACGCUGUUGUUACAGCUUGCGCCUCCCGCGAUGCGGACGUAUCCCGACGCGUGGACAGCAGAGGUACCCCUACACCUCCGCUAUCUUAAACCCUCCAGCACAGGCAUUGAAGAUAUCGAGGUUCCAUUUCCCGCAGUAUUUUGGGCGUGUGAGCCUCUACAGUCGGUCGAUUUUACCAAAAGUCCCUUCGAUAGGACCCAUCUUGGAUAUGACGACUUAUUUGAAGACGGAACAGUAUUCUGGCAUGUCUAUCCACAGGGGCAUGGUGGGAACCGCAUUAUGGACAGCCGACUCAUGAGCAGCAUCUCUGUUCCCGUCCUCAACGACAGCGCAUCGGACUGGUUGGGAACUGGAACCACGGCCGCCAUCUCGAUCGGCUUUGCGUGGAUUCUAUGGAAGCUGCUUGAUGGGUUUCUGCGAUCCGGGCACAAGAGCAAUACGGCAGAGAGCCGCGCCGGUGGCAGCAGCGCGAAGUUGGACGGUACAAAGAAGAAGCAGUGA